AUGGAACGAAAUCCGAACUUUGCUGAGGACUACAGGACAGCAAUCAACAAGUACAUCGAAAAAGGUUAUGCAGUCAAAGUGACCGAACAGGAGGAGAUUAAUCAUGCUCAACAAAGGUGGUUACCACAUCAUGGAGUGUACAAGGACCCAAACCAAAGAAAGCUCCGCGUAGUUUUUGACUCUGCGGCAAAAUAUCACGGGAAGUCAUUGAACGAUUACCUGUACACAGGACCACCUUUACAGAACGACCUCGCCAAACUUCUGAUACGGUUCAGAGAAUAUGAGGUAGCUAGCACCGCCGACGUGGAAGCCAUGUACAGCCGUAUCAGUGUGGACAAGACAGAUGCUCGCUUUCACAGAUUUUUGUGGAGUGAGUCAACGGAAAGCGGGCCUGAACUCUUUGAGAUGACUGGCGUGGUCUUUGGAGACGCCUCAUCACCAUGCCAAGCAAUUCAUGUUUUGUGUCGAACUGCUGAAGAGUUUGGAACACCGGCAAUACUUGACGUAGUCAAAACCCAAUUCUACAUGGAUGACUUCUUGAACAGCUACCGAUCAAAAGAGGAAGCUUUGUUCACAAAUCGAUCGGUGAGCAAAGUGCUAGCCAAUGGAAACUUCUUCCUGGUCAAGUGGAUGUCAAAUUUCCCAGAAGUAAGUGAACAAACCCAGUCAGACUUGAAAAAAAGGGUCGACCUUGUGGGAGACGAAGGGCGUGUUUUAGGAAUGGGUUGGAAUGUUGACAGCGAUACUUUGUCAUUCACAUUGAAAAAUUUGACCCAAGAAUUGAGCUUUACCAGACAAAAACUUCUUGGACAAGUAGCUGGGAUUUUUGACCCUCUUGGACUGGCUUCACCGUUUACGGUGAAGGGGAAAAUCCGGAUCCAACAUCUUUCGCGGCUAAACCUUGAGUGGGAUGAUGAAGUGUUCGAAGAAGAAAAAAUAUGGUGGUCAAAGUGGAUUCAGUCCGCGUUCAAGCUUUCCGCCGUGAAAUUCGAUCGAUGUUUGGUUCCUCAAGGAGUCAUGAUCACACAAAUGCAUACAUUCUGCGACGCUAGUGAAGAAGCAUUUGCUGCAGCCACGUACCUCAGGCAUUCAAUGGAGAACACUGGGGAAAUCAAGGUGACUUUGGUGACAGCCAGAACUCGGUUGGCACCUACCAAACCAAUAUCAGUGGCGAAGCUCGAGCUAAAUGCGUCUUUACUGGGAGCUCGACUUGCUACCACAAUUGCAAAUGUACUUCGGGAUCCAAUUCAACAGCGUUUUUUCUGGACUGACUCAUCAGCUGUUCGGGGAUGGCUACAAGGGACGGCCUCCUUCUUCAAACCAUUUGUUUCCAACCGAGUGGGAGAGAUCCAAUCACUGACCACCCCAAAUGAGUGGAGACACGUACCUGGAAAACUAAACCCAGCCGAUUUAGCAACCAGAUCGGAAAUCAAUUCGGAAGUAGUCCCUUAUGCGUGGAUUCAGGGACCCGAGUUUUUGAGGAAAGAAGAAGCAGCUUGGCCGAAUGAUAUCAAGGUCCCAAAAAAUUUGGAGGACAUUAAACUAAAGUUCCAAGUUUAUAACGUCACCGGAAGUCAACAAGAACCAAACCUGUGGUGGAAAGACCUGAAAACACUCGAGGAUGCGAGGAAAAAGGCGACUGAAAAAGACGAGUACGCUAAUUUGGAGAGUGAGGACACAUUGCAGCGCUUGCUCAUGAUGGCUCAACAAGAGAGCUUCCAUGGAGAACUGAGCUGUGUUCGCAAGUCGAAAGAUUUAAAGAAGACAUCAAGGCUCCUAAGCCUCACUCCAUUUAUUGACGACAAGCAGUUAUUGCGAGUGGGAGGUCGGCUGGACAAAGCUCAAGUCCCGUUUGAGUACCGUCAUCCCAUCGUUUUGGAUCCAAAGCAUCCCCUUACGGACUUAAUUUUGGACGACCUACAUUUACAAGCAAACCAUGCCGGGGUGAAUCACGCUCUGUCUCUUGUUCGUCAGAAAUACCAUGUGUUACGAGGAAGAGAGGCAAUGAAGAGAGCCCAGAGGAGGUGUGAAUUUUGCGUAAGACGAUCAGCCAAACCUCUCUCACAACUCAUGGCUUCCUUGCCACCAGAAAGAUUGGAUUGCCCUUCUCCAGCGUUUUGUCACACCUCGGUGGAUUAUUUUGGGCCCUACCAGAUUCUUGUGAGUCGAAACAAGACGGACAAACGAUGGGGGGCACUCUUCACGUGUUUAACAACUAGAGCGGUUCAUCUCGAAGUGUCAAGAGGAUUUAGUUCUGAAGACUUUCUAGCAGUCUUCAGAAUGUUUGAAACCGUUCGGGGUAGACCUCGAUCAAUGUAUUCGGACAACGGAACCAAUUUUACAGGAGCAAGACGAGUGGUGGCUAAACCUGAGACGGGGAUAACUUGGACACUUCAACCUCCGGGAGCUCCCCAUUGGGGGGGAGCUCAUGAGGCCCUUGUGAAAUCUGUGAAGAGGACAAUGGACGCCAUAUUAAACAAGGAAAAUCGAAAUCACCGGCACAUCAAAGAGGAUGAGUUUCGGUUACUUCUAGCUGAUGUGAUGGCAUUUUUGAAUUCGCGACCAUUAAGUUAUGAAUCUGGUGAUCCAAAUGAGCCAUCUGCUUUGACGCCCAACCAUUUCAUCCUCCUCCGUCCCAACUCGACCGUCCCAGCACGAGACUACAAACAGAUGAGCCCAAGAAAGCACUAUCAUUACUUACAAAGAUUAAUAGAUGAUGUUUGGACCCGUUGGAACAAAGAGUUUCUACCUCUAUUGUUGGCCAGAGACAAGUGGAAGACCAGGAAUCGAAAUUUGAUGGUUGAUGAUGUGGUUUUGGUUGUGGAUCCAUUAGCACUCCGAGGACAAUGGAAGAUUGGACCAAUACUUGAAGUGUUUGCCGGCAAUGACGGUCUUGUGCGAGCGGCAAAGGUGAAUCUUCCAAGUGGGCCUUUAGUACGUCCAAUCACCAAACUCUGUCUGCUUCAACAGGCAGAUGUAACUAGAUCCGGAGAUGAGAAAGGCGGGGAGAAUGUUGAGAUGGAAAUGGAGUAA